AUGUAUUUGGCAGCUGGAGCAGUUGGCAAGUAUGGGCAGCUGGAGCAAGUGGCAAGUAUGGGCAGAUGGGAGCAGUUGGGAGCAGCUAAGAGAGGUGUGCUUCACCAGCCAAAGGGGAGGACGAAAUUUCUCUCUAUAAAUAGAGAGCUGCACACUCAUUCAAUAGAGAUAGGCAGACACACACAUUCACUUCACCCAUUACUCUCAAACACACAUUCAGAUUCACCACAAAGAGAUAAGGAGCUGGAGCUGUCCUGGGAAUUCCUUGCUGUGAUCAUCUAG